CCCUCUUACUCCGUUGACUCUCCGGCCGUUUCUUUCUUCUUCGAUCAGUUUCUGGACUUCUCUCCUUCCUUCCGCUCUCCCCUUUAUAAAUGGAUCCAUGUUCCAGCGUUUGUCAUCGAUUCGAAAAUCAUCCCCAGGCAAACCGAGAAAGAAGAAAAAGCGAUUCCGCAAUCCCUCUUUUCUUUUCUUUACAGCGGUGCGAAUUCCACUGUUCGCUUCUCUUCCUCUAUUGUUCUCUCAUUCCCUUCAAGCUUCUGCUUCUGUUUGAGUUUCGACGUUGAAGACAUGGCCGCCAAGGAAGGCAAGGCGAUAGGCAUCGACCUCGGCACCACCUACAGUUGCGUGGGAGUGUGGCAGCACGACCGCGUGGAGAUCAUCGCCAACGACCAGGGAAAUCGCACCACACCUUCCUAUGUCGCCUUCACCGACACCGAGCGUCUCAUCGGCGACGCCGCCAAGAACCAGGUCGCCAUGAAUCCUGCGAACACCGUCUUCGAUGCUAAACGCCUCAUCGGCCGCCGGUUCAGCGACCCCACGGUUCAGAGCGAUAUGAGGCACUGGCCCUUUAGGGUCAUCCCUGGCCCCGGAGAUAAGCCUAUGAUCGUCGUCCAGUACAAGGGCGAGGAGAAGCAGUUCGCGGCAGAGGAGAUCUCCUCCAUGGUGCUCGUCAAGAUGAAGGAGAUCGCUGAGGCGUACUUGGGCACCACGGUCAAGAACGCCGUGAUUACCGUCCCUGCCUACUUCAAUGACUCGCAGAGGCAGGCCACCAAGGACGCCGGAGCCAUCUCCGGGCUCAACGUGAUGCGGAUAAUCAAUGAGCCCACUGCCGCGGCCAUCGCCUACGGGCUCGAUAAGAAGGCCGGCCGCAGCGGCGAGAAGAACGUGCUCAUCUUCGACCUUGGUGGCGGCACCUUCGAUGUGUCGCUCCUGACCAUAGAGGAGGGAAUCUUCGAGGUGAAGGCCACGGCUGGGGACACCCAUUUGGGCGGUGAGGACUUCGACAACCGCAUGGUGAACCACUUUGUGCAGGAGUUCAAAAGGAAGCACAAGAAGGACAUCACCGGCAAUGCGAGGGCACUCCGGCGGUUGCGCACUGCCUGCGAGAGGGCGAAGCGGACGCUCUCGUCCACGGCUCAGACGACCAUUGAGAUUGACUCUCUGUACGAGGGGAUUGACUUCUACGCGACGAUCACGAGGGCGAGGUUCGAGGAGCUUAAUAUGGACCUGUUCAGGAAGUGCAUGGAACCCGUCGAAAAGUGCCUGCGUGACGCCAAGAUCGACAAGUCCUCCGUCCAUGAUGUCGUGCUUGUCGGGGGAUCCACCAGGAUACCCAAGGUUCAGCAGCUGCUGCAAGAUUUCUUCAAUGGGAAGGAGCUCUGCAAGAGCAUCAAUCCCGAUGAAGCCGUCGCCUACGGCGCUGCCGUCCAGGCGGCCAUCUUGAGCGGUGAGGGCAACGAGAAGGUGCAGGACCUGCUCCUCCUCGACGUCACGCCGCUCAGCCUGGGUCUCGAGACUGCCGGCGGAGUCAUGACGGUGCUCAUCCCGCGCAACACCACCAUCCCCACCAAGAAGGAACAGAUCUUCUCCACCUACUCUGACAACCAGCCGGCUGUCCUGAUUCAGGUGUAUGAAGGGGAGCGGGCGAGGACCAAGGACAACAAUCUGCUCGGGAAAUUCGAGCUCUCCGGUAUCCCGCCGGCGCCGAGGGGCGUCCCCCAGAUCAACGUCUGUUUCGACAUUGACGCCAACGGAAUCCUGAAUGUCUCCGCCGAAGACAAAACGGCUGGGGUGAAGAAUAAGAUCACCAUCACAAACGACAAGGGAAGGUUGAGCAAGGAGGACAUCGAAAAGAUGGUGAAGGAAGCGGAGAGGUACAAGGCGGAGGACGAGGAGGUGAAGAAGAAGGUGGAGGCGAAGAAUGCCCUUGAGAACUACGCCUACAACAUGAGGAACACGGUGAGGGACGAGAAGUUCGCCGGUAAGUUAGAUCCGGCGGACAAGCAGAAGAUCGAGGGCGCGGUGGAUGCGGCGAUCCACUGGUUGGACAGCAACCAACUGGCGGAGGUCGAUGAGUUCGAGGACAAGCUCAAGGGUCUGGAAGCCACCUGCAACCCCAUAAUCGCUAAGAUGUAUCAAGGUGGUGGUGCUGACGGUGGUGCUGGCUUCGAUGCAGAAGGAGGGAUGCCCGGCCGCAGCGGCUUCGGUGCCGGUGACAAUGGCGGAACGUCUGGCGCUGGUCCCAAAAUUGAGGAAGUUGACUGAGCGUCUAGUCUUUUUAUGUGCUAGGAUCUUUUCUGCGAUAGGCUUGUAAGAUGGGGUUUAUUUUGUUUGAUGUUUGUUUGGGCCUUAGUCUUCCUCAGAUGGGCAGGCUCAUUUUUCGGCAACCUGUAGCCAGCCCUUAUAUUCCUCGGUCAUGUAGUUGUGUAUAUUGGUAGAUUGGAAUGCAAUUUUAAGAGGUUAGAUGCA